CGGAGACCCGGCGAGCGAGCCGGGCGGAAGUCGCCGCCCGCUGGGUCCCGGCCCUGCCGCAGCGAGGCCCAGCCGCCCGCGGGCCCCGGAGCCAGGCCGCACCGGGUACCGCCUGCCCUUCAGUCUGAUGCCCGUCCAGCCCUCCAACCACCUGGAAUGGAAUGAGUCUAUGCACUCCCUCCGGAUAAGCGUGGGGGGCCUUCCGGUGCUGGCGUCCAUGACCAAGGUGGCAGACCCCCGCUUCCGCCCCCGCUGGAAGGUGAUCCUGCCGUCCUUUGUGGGCGCCGCCGUCCUCUGGCUGCUCUACUCCCACCGCCCGCCCCCAGGCCGGCCCCCCAUACCCAACGCCCACAACUGGAGGCUCGGCCAGGCACCCGCUGACCGGUACAAUGACACCUACCCCCUGUCCGCCCCCCAGAGGACGCCAGGCGGGACUCGAUACCGAAUUGCGGUCAUUGCUGACUUGGACACGGAGUCAAGAGCCCAAGAGGAAAACACCUGGUUCAGUUACCUGAAGAAGGGCCAUCUGACCCUGUCAGACAGCGGGGACAAGGUGGCCGUGGAGUGGGACAAAGGCCACGAGGUCCUCGAGUCCCACCUGGCUGAGAAGGGGCGGGGCAUGGAGCUCUCCGAGCUGAUCGUUUUCAACGGGAGACUCUACUCUGUGGACGACCGGACAGGGGUCAUCUACCAGAUCGAUGGCACCAAGGCCGUGCCCUGGGUGAUCCUGUCUGAUGGUGAUGGAACCGUGGGGAAAGGCUUCAAAGCCGAGUGGCUGGCGGUGAAGGACGAGCAUCUGUAUGUGGGCGGCCUGGGCAAGGAGUGGACCACCAGCACGGGGGAAGUGGUGAACGAAAACCCGGAAUGGGUGAAGGUGGUGGGCUGCAGGGGCAGCGUGGACCACGAGAACUGGGUGUCCAGCUACAAUGCCCUGCGGGCCGCCGCGGGGAUCCAGCCGCCAGGACGGGGGCCUCCCAGGAGAGCCAUGGCCUUCCCACGACUCCUCUGGAUGUGGCUGCUGGUUGCAGGGACCCAAGGUGUGAAAGAUGGGGACGUGCGGCUGGCCGACGGGGACAUGCGCCUGGCCGACGGGGACAGCGCCAAUGAGGGCCGCGUGGAGAUCUUCUACAGAGGCCAGUGGGGGACGGUGUGUGACAACCUAUGGGACCUGACGGACGCCAGCGUCGUCUGCCGGGCCCUGGGCUUUGAGAACGCCACCAAGGCUCUGGGCAGAGCCGCCUUCGGGCCAGGCGUGGGCCCUAUCAUGCUGGACGAGGUGGAGUGCACGGGGACAGAGUCGUCGCUGGCCGAGUGCAAGUCCCUGGGCUGGCUGAGGACACAGGACGCCGGCGUGAUCUGCAUCAACGAAACCCGCGGUGCCCACACCCUUGACCUGUCGGAUGAGCUCCCUGCGGCUCUCGAGUGGAUCUUUGACAGCCAGAGGGGCUGUGACCUGUCCAUCAGGGUGAGGGUGAAGGACGACGAGGAGGAGGGCCUAGACGUGUGCGGCCACAGGCUGAUCCUGUCAACCAACCCCGAGGCUGAGGCCCUGUGGAAGGAGCCUGGCCCCACCGUCACCAUGGAGGUGGACGCAGAGUGCCUGCCUGUCGUCAGAGACUUUAUCAGGUACUUCUACUCCCGAAGGUUGGGCGUCUCCCUGACGUCGGUGAAGUGCUUCCACAAGCUUGCCUCCACCUACGGGGCCUGGCGGCUGCAGAGUUUCUGCGCGAGCCUCUUUGCCAUCCUCCUCCCCGAGGACGCCUCCUUCCAGACGCCCCUGGACCUCUAUGCCUAUGCACUGGCCACCCAGAACCCCGUGCUGGAGGAGCUCUGCGUGCGGUUCCUGGCCUGGAACUUCGAGGCCCUGACGCAGGCCGAGGCCUGGCCGAGCAUCCCCACGGCCCUGCUGCGAGUCCUGCUCUCCAGGAGCGACCUGGCCGUGUGCAGCGAGCUGGCCCUGCUGAUGGCCGUGGACGCGUGGAGCUGGGAGAAGCAGCCCUCCCACGGGGAGGUGGAAGGCCUUCUGGACGAGAUCUGGUUCCCCAUGAUGCUGCCCAAGACCCUGUUCGAGCUGCAGUUUAACCUGUCCCUGUACCGCGGCCACGAGGCACUCUUCCAGAAGAAGACUCUGCAGGCGCUGGAGUUCCACACCGUGCCCUUCCGGCUGCUGGCCCAGUACAGAGGCCUGAACCUCAGCGACGACGCCUACCAGCCCCGGCUGUAUACCUCGCCCACCUGGAGUGCCAACAUCUCGGGCGAUUCCCAGGCCUCGUCCAACUACCUGGAUGCUCCAAACCGGUCCUUCCAGACCCCACAGCACCCCAGCUUCCUGUUCCAGAACCAGCUCGUCUCCUGGUUGCUCCUGUACCUUCCCACCGUCCAGAGCUGCUGGGACUACCGGUUCUCGUGCACCGAGGACGAGGUCCCCCUCCUGGGCCUCUCCAAGUCUACCGACUCAGACCCCACCAUCGGCUACCAAAGCCAGGCUCUGAUGCUCUGCGAGGGGCGCUUCGUGGCCGACGUCACCGACUUCCUGGGACAGAAGGCCCCGAUCCCCGACGCCCUGGGCACCAACAGCUCCCGGAGCGCCUCCCUCUUCCCCUGCCCGGAAGGGUCCUUCACCAGCUUCCAAGCGGUCAUCCGCCCCUUCUACCUGACCAACUCCUCUGAUGCGAACUAGGCGCAAGCGAGCGCCAGGAGGCCAGGCGCCUCCCAGUCCGCCCCAGGCUUGCCGUUGCUGGCCGCCUCCUGUCUGCAGCCACCGGCCGCACCGGCCACCAGAGGGCCCUCGCGCUUUCACUGAUGUCUCUGAGCUUAGAGAAAGUACUGGAAGGUUUCAACUAACGUUCACCACCCUGCACAGAAGUCCCAGUUCCACCCCCACCGCCCGGCUGGUUUCCAGGUCGAGAAGCAGCAGGACCCGGGAGGGGCAGCGGCUGGACUUUCCACCCGGCCUUUCCCUUUCCCGGUCGGGUCCUGUGCCGUCCCUCGUCCGAGAUCAUUAAAAUUGCACUGAUUGCCCA